AUGACUUACCUCACUGAUGUCAAGUCAUACAAAACCAGUUGGAGGGUUCAGGUUAAGGUACUUCAUGCGUGGAAGCAGUACACUUCCCAAUCUGGAGAAACAUUGGAGAUGGUGUUAGCUGACCAGAAGAGUGCUAAGAUUAAUGCUUCCAUCAAAAAAGAACUUGUGAGUAAGUUCGAGAGGCAGGUUACAAAAGGUGAGUGGAGGGUCAUUGAAAAUUUCGGGCUAACCCAGGUCAGAGUCCAGUUCAGGGUUACUAACCAUCUGUUUAAGAUGGGAUUCGUGAACAACACUCAUGUAACCCCGUAUGUUGCCAUCUCUGAUGAUGUGUACCUCACAUUGCCCGACUUUCAAAACAUCAUUGUUGGGGAUCUUAAUCCCUUCUACUUGAUUGAUGUACUUGGUCAAAACGUGAAUGUUGGUCCAAUGGAUACCAUUGAGGUAAACAACAAACCAACAAAAAAGCUUGAGUUUGAAAUCAGAAACAUAAGUCUACCGUGCACAAUAUGGGGCAAAUUUGCUGAUCAGGUUUACCAAGCAUGUGAAGACGUUGAGGGUACCAGGGUUGUUUGUUUGAUCAGAUUUACAAAGAUCCAUACUUUCAGAGAGUUAGUUUUAUCUGAUGAAGAGAAAAAGAAAUUUGCGCUACAAGAUAUAGACAUCAGACCUAAAAGAGACGACAGUUCUCUUGAUAAAUUUAAGUCAAUGCCACAGCCACCUAGACGGAGUAUUAGUGACUCUAAUGUGUUGAUAGUUGACGAAAAAAACUAUGACCAUGAUGAUCAGGCAAAGAAACAUGCGGGCUGGAUAGAGAUAAUGACUCCAUAA